CAACACAGGGCAGCCAGCUUCACAUAUUGCUAACUAGCUGAAUCAUUUGGUGCUAGUCUCCCUUUUUUCUUGUGAUUGUAUCGUCAUUAGUUCGGCAGUGCAAUGGCGGCAAGAUACGACAGAGCUAUCACUGUCUUUUCUCCCGAUGGUCAUCUCUUCCAAGUGGAGUACGCACAAGAAGCUGUAAAGAAAGGCUCCACAGCGGUGGGAAUCAGAGGUAAAGACAUUGUUGUCCUUGGGGUUGAGAAGAAAUCUGUGGCAAAGUUGCAGGAGGAAAGGACCGUCCGCAAGAUAUGUGCCCUGGACGAGCAUGUCUGCAUGGCAUUUGCAGGUCUGACGGCAGAUGCCCGUAUUGUGAUCAACAGAGCUCGGGUGGAGUGCCAGAGCCACAGGCUAACUGUUGAGGACCCAGUCACAGUGGAAUACAUCACACGCUACAUAGCUACACUGAAACAGCGCUACACUCAAAGCAAUGGGCGCAGGCCAUUCGGCAUCUCCGCGUUAAUUGUCGGCUUCGACGACGAUGGAACUCCCAGGCUGUAUCAGACGGACCCUUCAGGAACCUACCAUGCCUGGAAGGCAAAUGCAAUCGGCCGUAGCGCAAAAACCGUGAGAGAGUUCCUGGAGAAGAAUUACACGGAUGAUGCCAUUGCUGGGGACAACGAAACGAUCAAGUUGGCUAUCAAAGCUUUGCUUGAGGUUGUCCAGUCAGGAGGGAAAAAUAUCGAACUUGCUGUUAUCAGACGGAAUCAGCCAUUGAAGAUUUUGGAAUCCAAGGAAAUCGAGACCCUGGUGGCUGAGAUUGAGAAGGAAAAGGAGGAAGAGGCAGAGAAGAAGAAGCAGAAAAAAUCCACUUGAAGCAGUUAACCAAGAGUUUUGUUUUUUUUCAUUAUUACACUUUGAUGCCAAUAGCAUUUUUGGGUUGCAAAUACUAGUAAGUUUCAAAGGGUUUUCUUCUUGCAUUCAUUUCAUUGUGAAAACCUAAAUCCUAACUUGAGAUCCGUUGAUGUUGUUCAAAUGUUUUGCAUUUGUUUCCGAGUGACACUGUGCCACCCGCAAAGAAUAUCCAGUUCCUAUACUUCCAGCUGUUGAGUUAACUGAUGUUUAAAAGCACAUGCAUAGAUGUCAAGCUAGGAUUUAGAUCUUAAACUACGCUUACAAGAUGUUUUUAUAUCAUACACCAAACAGCGCUGAGAAACCUGAAAUGGCAAACCCGGUUGUAACAUUCAGAAACCUAAUGAAACUAAAUGCUCAAUAAAAGCGGACUUGUUUGUAA